GUCUGCACCCAUUUUUCUCACCGUACACAGCUCAAAUAUUUAUCUCUAUAUUCUCUGGAGGAUGUAUUAAACCCAAGAAAUAUUCAUCAUGGGAAUUAGCUCGUUCAUAUUUAACAUUUUAAAUCCCUUACUUCAACCUCCCCCCGGAGAAAAUGGGGCCGAAGGUGUGCGAAAUACGGGGCAAAUUUUGGCGAUUAAGGCCAUAUCACGGCUCACCUUUUAUCCCAGCCUGUUCCACAAUGUCAUCAAGGCUUGGACGUCAGAAAGGAAUUGGUAUGAUCGGAUCGACGAAAACGUGAUACUCGGUGCCCUUCCGUUUCGUGGGAUGGUGGAUGAACUCAAAAGCGAAGGCGUCACGGGGGUCGUCUCGCUAAAUAAGGAUUUCGAGUUGUGGAUGUUCUCGCAUGGCAAAGAGGGCUGGGAGAAAAACCAGGUGCCCUUUUUGCAGCUAGAAACCCGAGAUAAUUUCGAGGCCCCGAGUCAAUCAAAGCUGAAAGAAGGGGUCGACUUCAUUAUGAAAUCGAGAGGGACGAUCUACGUUCAUUGUAAAGCUGGCAGGACGCGGAGUGCGACGUUAGUAGCGUGCUAUUUGAUGCAGAAAAACAAGUGGACACCUUCCCAAGCGAUAGCUCACUUGACGGAGUGCAGAUCACACGUAUUCUUAGGGCCAGCACAAGUAAAAGCAAUCCAUACAUAUUACGAGGAGAAUGUAGCAGAACGGAUGCAACUGAUGCAAGAUGCACUAUAAUGUUUUUCAAAUUUUCUUUGGAAAUAUAAAAUUUCAAAAAGGAAAA